AUGAGUACCUUGACUUACAAGAAGUUUGAUGAAGGUGAGGGCGUGUUGCCUGAUAAAAUGACGAUUUAUCAGGACUGUAUCCUGGCCUUCAAUGCCUCACCGGUCAAUGCCAAAAAGUGCAGAAUAUUAUUGGCUAAAUUGGUUAGAUUAUUGAGUAUUGGUGAAACCUUUCCAGCUAAUGAAGCCACCAACUUAUUUUUCUCAAUUUCCAAAUUGUUCCAGCACAAAUCAGUCGAAUUGCGUCAGAUUGUCUACUUGGCGAUCAAGAAGUUGUGCCAUAUCAGUAACGAUGUUUUGAUGGUCACUUCUUCAAUCAUGAAAGAUAUUCAAAACGGAGAUAUCAUCUACAAACCAAACGCUAUUAGAACUUUGGCUAGAGUUUUAGACAGCUCCACCGUCCAUGCCACUGAACGUUUGUUCAAGAAUUGCAUUGUUGAUAAGAACCCAAAUGUCAGUUCUGCUGCUUUGGUUUCCUCAUACCAUUUAUCACCAGAAUCUAAAGAUGUCGUGAAGCGUUGGGCUAAUGAAACGCAAGAAGCCGUGUACGCCCAAAAAUAUUUCCCAGACACUCAAUUUCAAAACGUUCAUCAGGAAUUCUACUCAAGAUUUCCAUCCAGUACACAAUUCUCCCAAUAUCAUGCGUUGGGAUUAUUAUAUGUUUUGAGAAAUCACGACAAAAUGGCGCUCGUGAAGAUGGUCAAUCAAUUAAGUGGUAGCAGCAGUCCUUUAACCAACCCAUUGGCAAUCAUUCAAGUCAUCAGAUAUAUUAGCAAGUUGAUUGAAGAAGAUCCAUCUUUGGCAGAUCAUUUAUAUCCAUACUUGUUAACCUGGACCACAAAUAAAUCGGAAAUGGUUUGUUUGGAAUCUGCCAAGAUCAUUUUGAAUUACAAAAAAUUCUCUCCUGAACAACAUACAGAAGCCAUCAGUGUAUUGCGAGACUUACUUAAUGCCCCAAGAGUCGUCACGAUUUUUGCGGCUGUGAGAAUGUUGAACAAGAUCGCCAUGACUAACCCAGAAAAGGUUGUGGUGUGUAAUUACGAAUUGGAAUCUUUGAUUAACCACUCAAAUAGAUCAAUCGCCACUUAUGCCAUCACCACUUUGUUAAAGACAGGUUCUGCUGACACCGUUGAUAGAUUAAUCAAGACCAUUUCCACCUUCAUGAAUGAUAUAUCUGACGAGUUCAAGGUUGUUGUUAUUGAUGCCAUCAGAAACUUGACCUUGAAAUUCCCUGAAAAGUAUAAGCCAAUGUUGGUUUUCUUGAGCGACGUCUUAAGGGACGAAGGUGGUUUCAAGUUUAAGAAUACCGUGGUGGAAUCAUUAUUCGAUAUGAUUCACUAUAUUCCAGAAUCUAGAGACUCUGCCUUGGAGAACUUGUGUGAAUUCAUUGAAGAUUGCGAGUACCCAGAAUUGACUGUCAGAAUCUUACAUUUAUUGGGUGACGAAGGUCCAAAGACCAAGAACCCAACUUUGUACAUUAGACACAUUUAUAACAGAAUUGCAUUGGAAAACUCAAUUGUCAGAGCUAGUGCGGUGGUUGCGCUUUCCAAGUUUGCUUUGACCGAAGACCUUUCAUUGAAGAAAUCUAUUGAAGUGUUAUUACAACGUUCAUUGACUGAUUCAGAUGAUGAAGUUAGAGAUAGAGCAGCAGUUUCUUUGAAAUUGUUAUCUUCCAGUACUGAUAAGACAAGCAGUGUGAUAUUAGUGGAUUUCAUCAAACCAACCAAGAAAUAUUCUUUGCCAAUUUUGGAACAAAAGUUGACUCAAUAUAUUUCUUCUAGCGAUAAAGCAAGCUACGAAAAUCCAUUUGAUAUUUCAUCAGUUCCUCAAUACACAGAGGAAGAAUGGAAAGCCCAAGAAUAUAAGGCCAAGACCACUGUCCAAGCCUCUGAAGAAGAACCUCUUAGUGACCAUAAAGGCAGAUCUGGUCUUGCUGGUGGUGCCACCGAAACUCACAAUGAAACUCAACAAGCAGAACUCUUACAACAACAAUACAUUGAUGAAAUUUCUCAAAUCACUGAAUUAUCAGAAUACGGUCCAAUAUUACACAGCUCUAGUGUGGUUGAAUUGACAGAAAGAGAAACAGAAUUUGUUGUGAGUGUCGUCAAGCAUAUCUUUAAAGAACACUUGGUGUUGCAAUUUAAUAUUGAAAACACUUUAACGGACAGUGAAUUGAUGAUGGUUUCCGUUAUCUCUGAAGGUGAAGUGUAUCAAGAGGAAUUCAUCUUGCCAGUGGAAAAACUUGCCCCACGGUCGAAGGGUACAUUAUAUGUUUCAUUCGCUAGACCUGAGGAUGAAGAAACUGGAGCCCCAGGUCUUUUCUCAGAUACUUUAAGUAAUACCUUGUCAUUCACAUCCAGAGAAGUUGACCCAACCACUUUGUUGCCAUUCGACGAAGAAGAUGAGGGUUAUCAAGACGAAUACCAGAUUGAAGAAUUGGAAGUCACUAUUGGUGAUUUCAUUGUUCCAUCAUUCACUGCUGAUUUCGACAAAACUUUUGCUGAAUUGCCUAGUGAAAAUGAAGAAGUUGCGGUAUUCAAUUUGUCCAGUUCUAGUGAGUUGCAGGAAGCCGUCAAUAGCGUUAUUAAUGUGUUGUCUAUGAGUGCUUUGGGUAAUACCGAAACCGUUGGAUUUAGUGCUAACAAUCAUAAAUUGAAGGUGUACGGUAAGAGCAUUAAUGGUGAAAGAAUUGCUGGGUUGAUUAACUUUGUAAUUUCAAAGAAUGGUAUUGUUGCCAAAGCUACUGUCAGAUCAGAUAACAAGGCGUUAUCUGAAACUGUUGUCAAUGGUAUCGCAUGA